AUAUACCAUCUCUCGCACCAAUUUGCGGAAAAAUAAAAUUGCAUAUUAAAUCCAUUUUUAUUCAAUUGCAAUUGCUCGUCACUUGGUGGUUUGUCUCUCAAUCUUCUUUGACAAACACAGAUUGAACGAAAUAGACAGAUCUAAAGAUGGCUGAAGAAGGACAAGUAAUCAGCUGUCACACCGUUGAAUCCUGGGAAGAACAACUUACCAAAGCCAAUGAAUCUAAAAAACUGAUGGUGGUUGAUUUCACUGCUUCAUGGUGUGGACCUUGCCGUUUCAUAGCACCAAUUCUAGCUGAGCUUGCUAGAAGGCUUCCUCAAGUGAUAUUUGUUAAAGUGGAUGUGGAUGAGCUGAAGGACAUCGCGAGAGAUUGGGCUAUUGAGGCAAUGCCGACAUUUAUGUUCCUUCGAGAUGGGAAGAUAAUCGAUAAAGUUGUCGGAGCAAAGAAGGAAGAGCUGCAGAUGGCUGUUGCCAAGCAUGCUGCCGCCUGAUUAUUACUUCCAACUUUCCAAGUACAAGUAGGUCAAAUUGUCAUGUAAUAAACUUAACAACAAUAAUUUGUCAUCUACUCAAAUCCUAUUUUCGAGCGGAAUAUUGAGUUGAUGAUAAUGUUGAAUCUGUCAUUUGUUUUGCCCGUUUUAUCGUCUAGUUGGAUACUCUAGUCACUAAUGGUUACUUGGUUUACCUUUUAGCUCGUUUUCAUGUUUGAGAGCAAAAUUUGAAAGGAAAAAUGCGAAAAACUCGUUAAUCUUCGUGUCAUUUGCAAAUAUGGUAAACUAAGAAGUACAUAUUGAGUGCUAAUUACAGCUAACUUAA